AUGGCGGCAGCAUCACAAUUCAAUGUCACCGGUACCAUAAUUGCUUCCAAUACACCCUCGUCAUCGUUUUCCACCUCGCGAAACUUUAAAGUAGCCGCAGCUCUCAAACUCAGUUUCCCUCCUCGCAUAUGGCCUUGGGAAAAGGUGAAGGCGGGCCCACUCAGUGUUUCACCUAUGGGAUUUGGGACUUGGGCAUGGGGGAACCAGCUCUUAUGGGGUUACCAAGAAUCAAUGGAUUCUGAGCUUCAGGAAACUUUCAAUCUUGCCCUGCUCAAUGGUGUUAAUUUAUUCGAUACUGCUGAUUCCUAUGGUAUUGGGAGGCUGGUUGGCCAAAGCGAAAAGCUGCUUGGCAAAUUCAUCCGUGAAUUCCCAGGGAAAAAGUCAGUGGAAGAUGACAUCGUCAUAGCAACAAAGCUUGCAGCAUAUCCAUGGCGCUUAACUCCUGGACAAUUUGUGGAUGCUUGCCAGGCCUCAUUGGAUAGGUUGCAAAUAAAGCAAAUAGGGAUCGGACAGCUGCAUUGGUCGACUGCAAAUUAUGCUCCGCUUCAAGAGCGUGCUCUAUGGGAUGGUUUAGUGGCAAUGUAUGAGAAGGGUUUAGUACGAGCUGUUGGUGUGAGCAAUUACGGGCCCAAACAACUGCUGAAAAUUCACGAGUACCUUAAAGCCCGAGGAGUUCCAUUAUGUUCAGCACAGGUCCAGUUUUCACUUCUGAGCAUGGGAAGGGACCAAAUGGAGAUCAAGAGCGUUUGUAACUCGCUGGGUAUCAGAUUGAUUUCCUAUAGUCCUCUGGGACUUGGGAUGCUAACUGGGAAAUACAGCCCCUCCAAUCUUCCGAAAGGACCUAGGGGACUAUUGUUCCGACAAAUCCUACCUGGACUGGAGCCUUUAUUGGUUUCAUUGCAAGAAAUUGCCGAAAAAAGAAGGAAAACGAUGUCACAGGUUGCUAUAAACUGGUGCAUCUGCAAGGGGACAAUUCCGAUUCCGGGAGUGAAAUCAGUCAAACAGGUCGAGGAAAAUCUAGGAGCCCUAGGGUGGCGACUAACUUCGGAUGAGGUACUUCAGUUGGAAGACAGUGCGCUGGAAUCUCCUCGCAAGAUGAUACAGAACAUUUUCCAAACAAGGUGA